AUGGAAAGAUCUCAAGAAAUCUAUGGAAAAGGUGACCAGAAUUUAGAAGCGCACCUAAUUGAUCGGGAGGUAAGAGAAUCAUCAUCAUCAUCAGUAUCGGUACCUCAAGCCAAGAACUAUAAAAAGUGGCUCACUAUCUCUGUAUAUGCAUUCUUGGUCCUUACCUGCCAAGCACUUACUACAAUUCUGAGUAGAUUGUACUAUGAAAAUGGUGGAAAGAGUACAUGGAUGGUAACGCUUGUCCAACGAAUAGGCUUCCCUGUUCUGUUGCUAUUUCGCUUCUUUCCACAAGAUGAACAAGAACAAGAAAAAACAGAUCCAAGUGUCAGAUACUUCUUUUGCUUCACCACUCUUGGAUUAGCUUACAUUUUUAAUGGACUCUUAGGAUCUGCUGUCUGUUAUACGUCCUCAAUUGGGUUGCUCUACUUACCAGUUUCCACUUACUCCCUCAUCUUUGCUUCACAGUUAGCCUUCACUGCUUUCUUCUCAUACUUCCUUAACUCCCAAAAGUUCACUCCUUUCAUCAUCAAUUCUCUGUUUCUCUUAACUGUUUCCUCUGCCCUUCUCGUCUUCAACACUAAGUCACAGAACACAGGAAAUGUGUCUAGAGUAGAAUAUGUGUUAGGCUUCGUAUGUACCAUCACUGCUUCUGCUGGACUUGGACUGUUAUUAUCUCUGGUACAACUAAUCCUCAGGGAAGUUUUGAAGAAGCCUACCUUCUCAGCAGUCAUAGACAUGGUUGUUUACCAGUCUCUAGUUUCAAGUUGUGUGAUUCUUAUAGGACUUUUUGGGAGUGGAGAGUGGGAAACUUUGUCAAGUGAGAUGGAAAGCUACAGACCUGGGAAGGUGUCAUACGUUAUGACUUUGGCCUCUGCUGCUAUUUCCAUGCAAGUCUACACUAUUGGUGCUGUGGGAUUGAUCUUUAAGUCAUCUUCUGUGUUCUCUAAUUCUAUUUCUGCUGUGGGGUUGCCUAUAAUACCAGUUGUAGCAGUGAUUGUUUUCAAUGAUAAAAUGGAUGCAUCGAAGAUCUUCUCCAUCAUUUUAGCUAUUUGGGGCUUCCUUUCAUUUGUCUAUCAGCAUUACCUAGACGAAAAGAAGUUGAAGUCUUCCCACAAAAACCUUGUCAAGGAAGAAGAAGUUUCACAAGCUUGA